CGUCGCGGCCUCCAGCCUAUCUUCCAGUGAGGUUCUGGAACACCGGCCUGAGCCAGGGCCUGGGCUUGGAACACCAGCCGGGUGCUGACCGCCAAGCCAGUUCUUCCGGAAAAGACUAGUCCCAGGAUCCCCCGGGCUAGGAGCGGCUAGGCGACUACUGCGCCUGCGCAGGUGGAUGGCAGCAAGGUCCAGAAGGCUUAAACCACCGCUGUCCUCCACAAGAUACUCCAGCAGAUUCGAAGCCUCCAUAAGCACAAGGAGUUAAAUGGAAUGAGACUGCCCUGGAGAAAUUCUCUGGACUGUCAACACUGGGAAGUCCUGAAAAUCUGUUUGGCAAAGGAAGUGGGGGUUACAGGAUUCAGUUGAGUAGUAUCUGCCCCAUAUUGGGUGUGAAGAGGUACUUUCAAGAAAUCAGUCUCUAUCUGGAAAAGAAAGAAUAGAGCUAUCGUAUGUGUGAAGUUGUUAGAACAAGAAAUCAGGAAAUUUUAAAAUUUUUUAUUACUAUAUAAUUGCAAAUACAAUCAAUAGCGGAGGAACCAGAAUUGAUUAUUAGUGAUUAUCAGGGACACUUCAUACACUCACAUUUGGUCAUUUCAAAGAUUUUUUUUCUGCCUUAAUUAUGAAAUUAAUUGAAUCAAAUUUGUCACAACACUUGGUGGUGGUGUUAUGCAACUGUGUUAAAGCAAUCAUUCAGUUCUUAGUAUAUCAGUCCAUAAUAAAUAGGAUUGUUAAUUGCUUAUAUGCUUAACUUUCUAUUCUAAUAUAGUUAUUAUUUUAGCACUUUUACAUAUACAAUAUCUUGUUUACAUUGUGCAAUUUCAUAGUGUUCACUGUUAUAUUUUAAAAGUUAUUCUUUUUAAUGUUUUAAUGUUUUUGUACAUAUUUUUAAUAAGGCCAUCAAGUGAAGAAUGAACAUUCAAUUUUUCAUUGAUUUAACUCACAUUAUACAUAACACUUUUCUGUGAUGGCUUUCACAGUUUCAGAUCUUUUAUAAAUGUCCUAUUGGGGAACUUUUCUCCUUUUGGAAGGAAUUAUGAAAAUAUUAAUUAAAAUAAAAUAAUUUUACUUAUAUGCUAACAUCAUAGGCCUAAAAAAAGUGUUUUCUAUCACAGGAAAGGAGAAUUUGAAGAUUCAGCCUUGACAAUCAGUUUUAGAACAUAAAGCCUACUAUAACUGGAGAUAUUAGCUGGGAAAUCAGCUAUAUCUGUUUCUGAAGGUUUAGAAAUGAAUGAAAUCUUGUAGAAAUCAAGCAGAGGGUGAGAAAAAGGAUGAAAACUGAGUCUUGGGGACCUUCACAUUGUUAGUAAAGGAUAGACAAUGAGGAACUUGAAAAGGGUACCAAAAUGGUAAGUUGUUGAUUCUUUGUACUAAUUCUGUUACAGUCUGGAUUUUGUUCAUGAAGUCUCUGCCUACACCUGUGUCUUUGAGAUUUCAACAUAUAUUCUCUUCUAGUAAAUUUGAUGUCCUGUUUUAAUAUUUACAUCUUUUAUACUCUUUGACUUUAGUGCAUAGUGAUAGACAUGGGUCUAGGUUUAGUCCUAGGCAUUGGAAAGCCACUUUUUCUAGCACCAUUUAUUAAACAGGCUAUCUUCUAGUGAACAUGUUUGGCUCCUUUGCCAAAGAUAAGGUGGCUGAGUGUGUUUGGAGUUGUGUCUAUAUCAUCUGUUCUGUUCCACUGAUCCUCAGACUUGUGCUUUUUUGCCAAUACCAUGCUGAUUUAAUCACAGUAACUUUGUAAUAUAAUUUCAGAUCUGGGAUUUUGAUGCCCCGUGGCUUGCCUUUGUUGGCCAGAGAUGCUUUUUUCUAUUCUAGGUGUUUUCUGAAAUCCAAAUGAAUUUUAGGAAUGUUUUCUCUAGAUCUGCAAAGUAUGCUAGUGGUAUUUUGAUUGGGUUUGUAUUAAAAAUUUAUAAAAAUUUGUCAGUAUGAUCAUUUUCAUUAUGUUUGUUUUUCCUAUCCAUGAACAACAGAUAUCUCUCCAUUUUCUGGUAUCUUCUUCAAACUUUUUUUUUAAUAUAUGGUAAUUUUCACUGUGGAGAUCUUUUACAUCCUUCGUUAGAUUCAUUCUUAAGUGUUUCAUUUUUUUUAAAUGCUAUUGUGAAGGGUGUGUGCUUUCCCUAAUCUGUCUCUCUGUGAGGUUCGUUGCUUGUGUCCAGGAAUGCUAUUGAGCGUCGAAUGAUGACUUUGUAUCCUAUUACACUACUGAAUUUGGAUAUUAAAUUUACAGGUUUGUCAGUAGUUUUUGGAGUCUUCUAUGUAGAGUAUCAUGUCACCUAUAAGUGAUAUAAUUUAACUUCUUCCUUUUCUAUCUAUUUUUUCUCUUGUCUCAUUGUUCUGGCCAAUGAUUCCAAAACUACAUUGAAUAGGAGUGGUGGUAAUGUUCCUGAUUUUAGAGUGAAAGCUUUCAGUUUUUGAUCAUUUAAUAUGAUGUUAGAUGUUGGUUUGUUAUACAUGGCUUUUAUCAGAUUAAGAUAAAGACCUUUUAUUCCAAUUUUCUGGAAGGUUUUCUCCAGAAGAGGUUUUUAUCAUGGACUUUGUCAGGUGCUUUGACUUCAUCUAUUGAGAUGAACGUAUGAAUUUUGUUUUUGGGUCUGUUAAUAUGGUGUAUUACAUUUAUUAAUUUGCAUAUGUUGAGCCAUCUCUGCAUUCCUGGGAUUAAUCCUUCUUGGUCAUAAUAUAUAAUCUUCUUAUUGAUUUGCUGCAUUCUCUUUGCCAGUAUUUUCUUAAGGAUUUCUGCAUUAGUGUUCAUUAGGGAGACUGGCCUAUAGUUUUCUUUCUUGGUUGGGUUCUUCUCUAGUUUUGGAAUCAGAGAAAUACUUGCUUCUAGGAAUCACUUUAGAAGUACCACUUCCCUUUCAGUUUCUUUAAAGAGUUUCAGUAUUAGUGGCGUUAGUUCUUCUCUGAGUUUCUUAUAGAAUUGAGCAGUGAAUGCAUCAGGACCUGGGCUUUUCUUUGGUGAUAAAUUUUUAAUUACAUUUUCAAUUUCAUUGACUGAUAUUGGUUUAUUUAAAAUUUUAUAUCUUCUUGAUUUAGUUUUAGCAAUUAAGUUAUGUUUAGGAAUCUAUUUCUUUUGUGUUUUCCAUCUUAUUAGAAUAAAAAUUCUCAUAGUAAGUAUUGAUGAUCUCCUGAAUUUCUGUGAGAUUUGUGAUUUCUCCCUUUUCAUUCUUAAUUGCUUGAAUUAAUGUUUUUUUCCUUUCUCUUUUUGAUGACUUUGACUAAUGGUUUAUUAAUUUUGUUUAUUCUUUUGAAGAAUCAACUUUUAAUUUAUUGAUUAUUUGUAUUAUGUCCUUUCUGCUCUUUGUAAAGUCUUUCUUCCUACGAGCUUUGGGUUUGAUUUUUCUUAAUUUUCUAGAAGUUUGAGGUUCAACAUUAUGUUGUUUAUUUGUGCUCAUGCUGUUUUCCUGAUGUGUGAAUUUAUCACUAUAAAUUUCCCUCAUAGGACUGCUUUCAUUGCUGCCCAUAAAAUUUGGUAUGUUAUAUGGGCAUUAUUGUUUAAUUGUAUAUACAGUUUAAUUUCAUCUUUAAUUUCUGACCCAUUGGUUGUUUAGAAGGGUGUUGUUUAAUUUACUUAUGCUAAAGUAGUUUUUGUGAUUUCCUUUGUUAUUGUUUUCCACUUUCAUGUGCUAUGGUCAGAUGUUAUGCAUGGGAUGAUUUCCUCUACAUUUAUUUAAACUUGUUUUAUCAUAUAUGGUCCGUUUUUGAGAAGGUCCCAUGUGCAGCUGAAAAGAAUGUGUAUUCUGAUGUUUUGGGGUGGAACACUUUGUAGACAUCUACCAAGUCCAUUUGUUCACAGCUUUGGUUUAAUUCUAAUAUUUCUUUGUUGACAUUUUGUGUAGUUGAUCUAUCCAUUUAUGAGAACAGGGUACUGAGGUUCUCCACUACCAUUGUGUUAUUGCUUAUUUGGGUUUUCAUAUCAGUUAAUACUUGUUUUAUGUAGUUGGGUUAACCUGUAUUUGGUGCAUAAAUACUUAGGAUUGUUAUUUCUUCUUCCUCGAGUUUUCUCUUAACAAAUAUGUGGUGACCUUCUUUCACAUUGUCUGCAAAUAGUGUCAUAAUCUUCACUUUUUUCUGGGUUCCCAUGGCAAGAAUUAUUUUCCAUCCUUUGACUUUUAGGCUCUGAAUUUCUUUUUGGGGUGAAAUAUGUUUCUUGAAUGCAGAAUAUUGUUGGAUCUUACUUCUUGAUCUAUUGUGCCAGUCUGUUUCUUUUGAUUGGUGAGUCGAGACCAUUUACAUUGAUAGGUAUAACUGAUAUGUUUUGGCUUUUCUUGUUCGUGUUGUUCUCUUGUUGUUUGUUCCUUGUCUUUCUGCUCUGUUUACUUCCUUGUCUUGCUUCAUGGCUUCUUUCUAUUGAUGUUCCUGUGUUUAUGGUCUUUAUUGUCUUUUUCUAAUAUGUCUUUCAGAGCAUUCUGUAGAGCUGGUUUGGUGGUCAUAAAUUUUGUAUGUUGUUCUUUGUCAUGGAAGUAUCUUAUUUCUUCAACAAUUUAGAAAGUUAGUUUUGAGGGGGUACAUCAAUCUGGAUUGUAGAUUAUUUUCCUUAGGGGCUUAAAAUACUUCACUCAAAGCUUUUCUUGAUUUGAGGGUUUGUGUUGAGGCAUCGCUGUGAUUCUGAUGGGUUUUCCCAUCAGAAUAUAGGUGAUAUAUUUCUUUUGUCUAGUUGCUUUUAAUAUUUUGUUGUAGUGCUGAAUUUCUGGAAUCUUGAUUAUUAUAUGUCUUGGUAUAGAUUUAUUUUGGUAAUGGCUUUAUUUGAAGUUCUGUAUGCUUCAUUUUUUAUGUUAAAUUCUUUAUCCAUGUUUGAAAAGUUUUCUGCCAUUAUUUCUGUGAAGAAGUUUUUAAUAGUUUUUGGGCUAUCUCCAACUUCUCACUGAUUCCAAUCAAACUUAUGCUGUUCUUGUUUGCGUCGUCCUGUAGCUGUUGGUUGAUUUUUUUGUGGUCUCUUGCAAUUUUUAAGAUAUCUUUCUUUUCCUUGUCGCUAUUCUAGUCACAUUCCUAUCUUUUAGAUGUGAUAUUCUGUACUUUCCUCUUGCCUUCAUUCAGUGGAGUUUCUAAUCUCUUGCAUUUCUGUUUAGAUCUGUUUCACUGAUUCCAUUUCUUAUCUAUGUUUGGCAUUCAUGUUUUCCAUUGUUUUCCUGAGUUCCUCUAUUUGUUUAUCUGUGUCUUCUGUCAGUGUCUUUUAUGUUAAUUGUCAUUUCUUUUUGCACCUUGGAAAUUAUUUUUUCUGUGGCCUCUUCCAUUUGUUUUUCCACUUCUGCUGCUAUGAUUUCAGCUGUUUGUUGGCUUCAUCUUUCCUCUGUCUCUUUGUGUUCUGGACUUCCCCUGGGUGCGUGGGCAUUUGGGACCAUAUUUUCCUUCUUUGUCUUGUGAUUUUUGUUUUCUGUUUUGUUUUCUUUAUUGAUACUUUUAGUCUCUAAUGCUAAGUAGCCUUAUCACUGAUGUUGAGGCUUUCUAGGAGGUGUGUGUUUCGCUAGAUGUCUCCUCUUUACUGGCACUGCAGUACAGGGGCAGCACAGGAAGGAAGGGGCAUGAACUUACAUUCCUCUGUGGUUCUGAUGCAGUGGAAGAAGGAAGAAGGGGAACUUACAGUCCUCUCGUUUACACCACAGUCCUGGGGCAAUUGAGGAAGGGCAAAGCAUGAAUUUAAACUUCUCUCUCUGGCACAACCAUCCCAGGGCCAAUACUGUCUUUAAUCUUCUGGUACUUUAAUUUUUCUUACUGUCGUUGGUUUUCUGCUGUUGCUACCUUAUACACAGUUUCUUUUCUGGCAGUGCUAGAUAUUAUAAGACUUUUUCUUGUUGUAGUCUUUUAAUAUUUUUACCUGAUUAAUUCUGGAAUUGUGCUGUGAUAGUAAACAUUGAUUUUCUAAAAUUUUAUUUUAAAGAUAACAAAAGCCAACAAAACAAAACAAUAAAUCAAGUCAAAACAAAGCAGUGAAAUUGAUACAGAACUUCAAAGCAGGAUAAAAGGAAAGCAACAAUGACUACCAUAGAAUAUCAUUAUCUUCCCAGUAGUUGUCCAUUCCAUCAAAUAUAACAAAAUCAAACCAAAACAAAACAGAAUAAAAACAAUCCAAACAGAAUAGCAAAUAAAGCAAAACAAUAAGAACAAAACAAAGCAGAAUGAUACUGGACUUCAAAAACAUAGAAGGAAACCCCUCAUAUUUGCUAUACUGCAUACUGUCAUCCUUUCAAUAGGUGCUCAGACCACUGGCCCCAGCCUGCAAAGUCAACUUAACAAUACAAACAUUCAGUUGCUUUUCAUACCUCAGUUGCUAUCAACUUAGCCUGUUGUCCAAACCAGCUGUUUGCUGGAGGUGGGGAGGCAGUAGUUGAUGAUUCUCAGCCCCUGUGCUGGUAAGCUUGUGGGAGGUGCUAUCUGAUUUUUCUCUUCCUGGGCCCGGCAUAGCCUGUGCAGCUUACCAGAAGGGCUGCUUAGUUGGCUUCUUUUUUUUUUUUUUGUCUUUUUCAUUUUUAUCGGUACCAGGGAUCUGGCUCCUCCCAGUCCCAGCAUGGCAGAUUCUCAGGAUGUGCUAUCUGAUUUUUCCUGGGCUCUGCAUGGCUUGCCUCAACAUUGAUUUAUAGAACUCAUGAAAUUUCAUGGAUUCAAAAAGAACCAUACUGUAAUAAAUACAAAUACUUCGGGAAUUUUUUUCAUCUGAUAAAAAGUGGAACUGGAUCAAAGAAUUUCUUUUCACUCUGGGAAGCUAAAACAGAAAGACCCAGGUUGGACAACUUAACGACUUAGUAAGGCCCUGUCUCAAAAUUUUAAAAAAGAGAGAAAAAUACUAUGUAUGUAGUUUAGUGCUAAGGCCAUGGGUUCAAGUCCCAGUACUUCCUUCCCCCAACCCCUAUCCAAAAUCAAUACGGAUGUAUCCAUGAAAAUGACAAGGCCAAAGAGAAAAAGGAAGUAAAUUCUGCAAAGCAAUAACAGCAAUCUGUUAUAUUAAAAAAAAACCUACAAUAUACUAUGUGGGAUCCUUGCAGGGAACACCUGUUCUCCCAGGCAACACAACUGAACCUUAGUUUUCUAAAAUGGAAGAUGAGGUUAGAAUAUUUACGCUGUAGAGCUGGUAAAGGAUCUUGUAAAACAUAUAGUUUAGUUCCUUCAGCAAAAUUAAUAAGAGGAAGAUACUUCAUUUUCCAAAUGUAGAUCUAUGUAAGACUUAAAUUUUUUUCUAUACAAUAGUUUGAAACUGUACCAAUUUCCUUUAUAGCUGAAUGACUCACAAGAAUUAGCUGAGUUCUGGCAAGAAACUUAAAGACUAAAAAUAAGUAUGCAUCAUACUAAGGUAUAUUUGACUUAUAUUUAGUGAGCACAGUGGCUUAAAUUAGUAUCUGAAGUUUUAAGGAAUCUUUUAGGCUGGCAUAGGAGAGACAUACUGUAUUCUGCUUUUCUGGACCCUGGCACACUUCUGGCAUCUUUGCCUGCUUUGCUGGAUCUGUUCCCUUCUACACUGUAGUAGUUUCUUCUCCAGUGUAGUAAUUCCUAGGGCAGCCUCUGCAUUCAAUCUCCUUACUUGUGUGGUUCUGUUACCACACCUGCAGCUUAUUUUCUGGCUUAAAGGUUUCCCAGAUAGAUGCAGAUAGAAAAUAGAGAGUGAGUGAUACUUUAAUGUUUUGCUAAAACUUGCAACAAGAAAACUCCCUUGUUAUGUUGAAUAUUUUUGGAACAUAAGGCAGCUCAUGUGGCUUAAAAGAAACAGCUGGACCAGCAGCUGUGUGAGCUAUUAAGGCCCUCACAGGAAAAGGGCUCCUGGUGCCAAGUGUUUGCAGGAACAAGUGUAUGGCAACAGGCUUUUGACCUUUGCACGAGGGGAGAUGUGUUGCUUGGAACUUUCCUCUAGAACUAAAAAGAGACUCUUCCCUGUCAAAAUUUAACCCCAACAGUGUGACUCAUGUCUUUGGUGCAAAGAGAAUGAGUCUUCAACUUUACACAGGGUGUGGCACCUUUGGGGCAUGAGUAGCUAUGAAAAGAGAAGGAACCAAUGUGUUUUCUUUUUCCAGCCUUCUGUUCUGAAGCGAGACUGCUGAUGAAUGGCCCCUCCACCUGCUGUGACACUAGAAAGUAGAUAGGGCCUGACAACCUGAAGUUUCAUUAGUGCCAUCGAAGGGUCAAGAGGAAUGACUACUGAAAAAAUGAGAGCCAAAAAAGUGAAGUCAUAAACAAGAAGUGUCCAUGAAAUAGAGAAAAGUGCCUCAGCAGUCACCUGUGUACUGGAGAAGACACUAAGAGAAAACACAAAUUUAAGUUUGAUGGGUGAAUUCUAACUACUUCAGUCUUUUUACCGCCUCUACUCCCAUUCCAGGAGUUUUGGAUAGGUUGAUCUGCAGGCCAGAUCAAGUGGUGCCCAACAUGGGGCCUCCUGGCAUGGAGGAGUUAACGAAGGAGCCGUUCGAGAGACAACCGGCUUAAACUGAAAGUGAAUGCAAAUUGAACCAGAGACCUCGGCCGAGGAGUGAGCAAACUGAAUCAAGGAUUAAAGCUUAAAGCAACAGGACAUUAAAUUAAGUACCGAGACCUGUGCAGACGACUACCCAAUGUCCUGCCCUAGUCACGGUGAGUGAACGGCAAUCCCAUUUCCCUUCCUGGACAUGGGUCAAGUAUUGAGCAAACACAAAUUGUUCGUGGGAGGUCUUAUAAAGGCAUUAAAGACAAGAGGGAUAAGGGUUGGAACAAAAGAAUUAUUGUAGUAUUUUCCAUUUAUCCAUAAGGUUUGCCUUAGAGGGUUCUAUAGAUACCAAGAGGUGGAAUAGAGUAAGACAUGCUUUAAAAGAUCAUUAUAGAGUUUUUGGUCCAGAAAAGGUUCCUGUGACAACCUUUACAUAUUGGAAUUUAAUCUCUGAGCUGCUUGCCCAGAGGCAUGCAGACCCUCAGGUUGAGGAGACAGUUGCACUAGGUGAGGCUGCCCUGCGCGACUCCGUUAAAUCUACCUCAAAACCAUCCUCAGAAAAAUCUGAAGCCUCUGAUUUCUCAGAUGCAGAGGAUGAUGGCCUGUUAGAGGUCCUCGUACAUGGUGAUCUGCCACCACUUCCACCUGUUGACAUGAUCAGCAGGUCCCAGGAUGGCAGCCCACCACUUCCUGUGCCUCCAUGGCCAAUUGGGGAUUCAUAUAAGCCUUUAGACCCCGGCCUUUCUCAGGAGGUCUCUGAUUCUCAGGAGGUCAACUGGGAACAACCAACACAACAAGCCUCUACAUAUUACCCUAACCCUGUUGCAGCACCAGCCGCUAUUAGGCCAUCCCCUGACUAUGAUGAUGCACUCAGCAUCUGCUCUCAACCUUCUAGCACAUUAGUGGAAUUAGAGCAAAGAAAAAUGGAUCUUUUAAAACAGAUACAGCUAGAAAAAGAAUGCCAAAAUCUUUCAAUUCAAUUGCAGGCCCUCUGAGCUACACAGUUUUAUAGUGUCCCUGAGAUGGAGCCUGCCUCCAGCACGCCUUGUAGUGUGCUUAAAAUGGUGCCUGCCUCUGGCAGCCAGCCUAAAAUGGCUUUCCCAGUCACAGAGGCCUUUACUCCCCCACGGGAUGUUGAAGAGGGCACUGAACCACAAGCUGUUAGGAUGUACACACCUCUCACCAUGGCAGCCUUAAAAGAGUUAAAGGUUGCAGUCUCUCAAUAUGGCCCGACUGCCGCCUACACCAUUGCGGUUCUAGAUUCUUUGACUCAGGGUUGGAUUAUUCCUAAUGAGUGGAAAGACUUAGCAAAAGCCACCCUCUCUGGAGGCAAUUAUCUAUUAUGGAGAUCUGAAUUUUUUUAUCAAUGCGAGGACAUAGCCAGAGAUAACGCCGCACUGCCAAACCCCUGGACCCUUGCUAUGCUUACAGGAACAGGAGAUUUUGCCACAAAAGAAACCCAAAUACAGUUUGAUUCGGGCCUCUUUGCCCAGAUUAAUAUGGCAGCCAUUAGAGUGCGGAAAUGGCUCCCCUCAGGAGGCGAGCCUACCUUAUCUCUCACCCAAAUAAAACAAAAGCCUGAGGAGCCCUUUUCGGACUUUGUCGAUUGCCUCUUAGAGAUGGCAGAACGUCUUUUCGGCUCCACAGAAACAAACUCUGCCCUGGUUAAACAAUUGGCUUAUGAAAAUGCAACCUCAGAUUGUCAGGCUGCAAUUCGACCACAUCACAAAAAAGAGGACCUAUCGGGUUAUAUCCGCUUAUGUACAGAUAUUGGGCCAGUUUAUCAAGACCUAGCCAUGGCUGCAACACAACAAGGUUGCAUAGUUACACAACCCCUUUCUUGUUCUAAAAAAGAUGCCGUUUGUUUCAAAUGUGGCCAAAGUGGCCACACGGCUCGUGAGUGCAAAAGAAAAAAUCAAAAUCAGUCCUCUACAAAAAAAACCAGGCUAUGUCCUAGAUGUAAGCGAGGAGACCACUGGGCUAAUGAGUGCAAAUCCAAAAGAGAUGUUCACAGUAACCCUCUUCCCCUGCAGAGAAACGGGUUACGAGGCUGGCCCCAGGUCCCCAAUUCCGGACAAACCCGUGGGGCUCCAAGGUUUGUCCCAGCAAAAAAUCAUCCAUUUCAGACCUCUUCAGGGCAACCCCAGGGAGUGCGGGGUUGGACCUCUGUUCCACCUCCAACACAGUAUUAACCCCUGACAUGGGUGUUCAGAUCAUGCCCUCAGGAAUCUAUGGGCCCCCUUCCCCCAGGACUUUUGGACUUAUUAUUGGACUUAGUAGCACUACACUUAAAGGAUUACAAGUUCUGCCUGGGAUAGUAGAUAGUGAUUACACAGGAGAAAUAAAACUCAUGGUUUCUCCCCUUGUCGGUGUCAUACCAGUUAGGACAGGGCAACACCUUGCUCAAUUGCUGCUAUUGCCGUUGGCUCAAACAUCUAACAAAUCUGUAACUCCCUAUAGGGGGAACUCCUUUCCUGGAGCUUUGGAUGUAUAUUGGACCCAACGUAUCUCCAAACAAAAGCCCCUCAUGACUCUAUCUUUAGAUGGAAAAAGUUUCUCAGGCCUCAUUGAUGCAGGCACAGAUGUUUCCAUUAUCAAAAAGGAGGAGUGGCCUACUGCCUGGCCUUUAGAAACAACCUUAACACACCUCCAAGGGAUUGGACACUCAAAAAAUCCACAACGCAGUUCCAAACAACUGGUUUGGAAAGAUCAAGAAGGUAACCUUAUGCCAUAGAGAGUCUGCCUCUUAAUUUAUGGGGUAGGGACUAACUCUCCCAAAUGGGAUUAAUUAUGGGAAGCCCUAAUAAUGUUGUCACAUUGCAAAUGCUUAAUAAGGGCUACCUGCCAAAACAGGGCUUAGGAAAAAAUAACAUGGGCAUUACUGAUCCCAUCAUUCCCAUCCCUAACAAUGCUAAAGUUGGGUUAGGCCAUUUUUCUUAGGGGCCAUUGACACCCCUGCUAUCCAUGCUAAACAAAUUACAUGGCUAUCAGAAGAGCCAGUAUGGGUUGAUCAGUGGCCUUACCUCUGAAAAGCUUGCAGCCACACAGCAGCUGGUGUAGGACCAGUUAGAUGCAGGCCACAUUGUCCCUAGUAAUUCCCCUUGGAACACACCUAUCUUUGUUAUCCGGAAAAGGUCAGGGAAAUGGAGGCUGCUACAAGACCUUACAGCGAUAAAUAAGACAAUGGUCUUAAUGGGGCCCCUACAGCCAGGCCUCCCCUCAUCCAGUGCCAUUCCCCUGGGAUUUUUUUAAAUUGUCAUAGAUCUUAAAGAUUGCUUUUUCUCUAUUCCUUUACAUCCAAAGGACCAAAAGCGUUUUGCCUUCAGUCUUCCAUCAAUUAAUUUCAAAGCCCCUAUGCAGAGAUUUCAAUGGCGAGUUUUGCCGCAAGGUAUGGCUAAUUCCCCCACACUAUGCCAGUCUUUUGUAGCCACUGCAAUACAGCCAGUCAGAGAUGAUUGGCCACAUAUCUAUAUUAUUCAUUACAUGGACGAUAUCCUCUUGGCAGGAGAUGAUCAAAACCAAACCCUAAGGUGCUACCAGGACUUACAGGUUGCCUUACAAGAGGCUGGACUUCAAAUAGCCCCUGAUAAAGUACAGCUUACUGAUCCAUAUACAUACUUGGGCUUUCAAUUACGUGGCACUCAAAUACUCUCUUCAAGGCCCCAACUGAGGCUUGAUGGCCUCAGAACACUUCAUGACUUCCAAAAACUAUUGGGAGACAUUAAUUGGCUCAUACCAUUUUUAAAACUAACUAAACAUGAUUUACAGCCCCUUUAUGCACUGCUUUGGGGAGACAUAGAUCCAACUUCCCCCCGAGAGCUUACACCUGAUGCCAGGAGAGCGCUCAGUAAAGUAGAAGAGGCUAUUGCUCAACAAACUGUUUCCUUUAUGGACUACAAUGAGCCUUUACAGUUUCUCAUUUUUAAUACAAAGCUUUGCCCCACAGCAGUGUUCUGGCAACAAGCUCCCCUCAUGUGGGUACAUUUAUCAGUCUCCCCAAAAAGAACACUUUUGCCUUAUUUCCAAGCUGUCUCAGACCUAAUAAUUCAGGGUAGAAAGCAAGGAAAAUGUUACUUUGGCAAAGAACCAGACAUUAUCAUUCAACCUGUUACAAAAGACCAAAUAGAUUGGCUACUUCAGAGUACGGAAGUGUGGCCUAUUGCCUUAGCUUCCUUUUCAGGGACUAUUGACAAUCAUUACCCUCCAAAUAAGCUAGUUGACUUUGCUAAUCGUCACCCAUUUAUAUUCCCUAAGGUCACAGCUUCGCAACCCCUUCCAGGUGAAUAACACUGAUGGCUCAUCCUCCGGAAGGGCUGCUUAUGUAUCUCAAGACAAUGUUUCUAUCCUCCAGGCAGACACUUCCUCUGCACAAUUAGCAGAGUUAGAAGCUAUUCUUCCAGCCUUUGCUGCUUACUCUGACCAACCAUUUAAUUUAUAUACUGACAGUGCUUACCUUGCUCAGUCUGUUCCAUUAUUAGAGACUGUUGCUACCAUAUGUCAUGCUUCCCAGCUGCAAAUCUGUUCAAACAAUUACAAUGCUUCAUACAGCUUCGCCGUCGUAAGUUCUUUAUCGGUCAUCUGCGAGCUCAUUCCAACCUCUCUGGGCCUCUUGCCCAAGGAAAUCAUUUGGCUGAUGUUGCUGUACAAGCACAGGUUUUUAUGGCUCAGGACUCCAAGGUGUCUAAGGCCCAACAAGCCCAUCAGCUACACCACCUCAAUGCUCACACCCUCUGCCUCCUCUACAAAAUUACCUGUGAGCAAGCCAAAUUGUAAAAAAUUGCCCAUCUUGUGCUAUCCAUUUACCUGUUCAACACCUAGGAGUCAACCCUAGAGGUUUAAUUCCUAACGCCUUAUGGCAAAUGGAUGUUACCCAUUUCAAUGAGUUCGGCAAUCUAAAAUAUGUACAUGUCAUUAUUGACACAUAUAGUGGCUUCAUUUUUGCCACCCUCCAGACUGGAGAAGCUGCUAAACACAUUAUAGCCCAUAUGCUGUCAGCCUUCUCAGUUCUGGGAUGUCCUCAACAGCUUAAGACCGAUAAUGGCCCUGGCUAUACCAGUACCUCCUUUGCUCAGUAUUGUAAGAGCCUUAAUAUCCUCCACACCACAGGUAUACCUUAUAAUCCUCAGGGACAAGGCAUUGUUGAACGUGCGCAUCGUUCCUUAAAUUCACCAUAGAUAAAAUAAAAAGGGAGACAUGGUACCCCACCCGGGGGUCCCCUAGAAAUGUCCUUUCACAUGCUCUUUUUAUUUUAAAUUUUCUGACCCUGGAUGCUUCAGGCUGCUCCGGUUUGGCAUACUCAGACUCAAACACGGUUUGCAUCUGUUUUAUGGAGAGACCCACUAACCAAUGUGUGGAAUGGCCCUGACCCAGUCCUCAUCUGGGGACGAGGUUCAGUGUGUGUUUACUCUCAACAAGAUAGAGAAGCUAGAUGGCUAUUUGAAUGCCUCGUAAAACAAGUAGACAGUUCUUUAAAGACCCCAUGUAAUGCCCAGGAAUAAUGUUAUUUCCUGAGGCACAAUCCCCUGUGCUCUCUUACAGGUAACACAUCUCCCUGGAGCCUUAUGCUGCCUAGUCAGCCUUCUCCUUGAGCCACACCACACCCAUGGUGGAUUUCAACCCCUGCCAAACAGACUACAACUGCUGACAGCCAUGCACAGAACCCCAUGACUGCGGAAGAGGCUCUUCUUGGUCUGGAGGAACAUACACCAGCCAAAUAGACUGCAUCCAGCGUUAUGCGAGGCAUGCUCCAAGACAUAGGAGAAUGACUUCAUACAGAGACACCAACAAAUGGCUGUCAACCCCUUCUCCUCGAUUUGGGGGGGGGGAGCUUUUCCCUUACCUAGUGCCCCUUUUGGGUCCCCUAACUGCCCUAUUGCUUCUCAUUUCUGUGAGUCCUUGUAUUUUUCAGAGGAUUAUGAUGUUCAUUAAUAACCAGAUAGACUCAUUUAUGGCAAGCCCAUUCAGGUACACUAUCAUCAGCUAGAGAUGGCAGAUCAACAAACCUACCGGGAAGGAAUUCCCACGAGUGGCCCAUAUAAUGAUGCGGCCUAACUGCCCUGGGGCAAUGGACAGGCAGUCAGAGACGGGCAACUAGGACAUGCAUGUUAAUUCCAACGGCCACCUAAGACAGGCACAGGACCAACUGCUGUUCUGCAAGCCCAUGACGGGUAAGGCCUGGUUGGGUUCAUGCAAUGAGGUCCUUGACCUAAGACAGACGCUAUCCUCACAGGGCCUGCCAUACUCUUAAUUAAAUAAUAUAAAAAGGGAGGAGAUGUAGGGAGCCGAGUGACAGGCAUUGCUGCUUUCAUGCCUCUCUCUCCUAUGGGCACUGCGUCUCCCUAUAUUAACCAUAAUCCUCUCCUGCUUACUUCACGUAUCCAGAUGUGACGGUGACCCUGUUGUAUUCAUCUGUUUAACCUCUUCCUGUCCCAGCUCCCGCCCUUAGCCUAUAAAACGUGCGAUCAUUUUCUGAAUAAACUGGAGGCUUUAUUGGAUUAUCUCGACUUGCCUUCAUCUCUUUUUGUCUCCCCCAUGUCUUUUAUUUA